UUACUUCUGAUUGUGACGUCAUAAAUAAUACAAGGACGUGAUGACGUCACGUUUCUAUUAGCAGCUUAAAUCGAGGAAUGGAAAAUGACGAUGAUAUACCGACGCAACGAUUGUUGUAUUUAUCGAAUAUAAGCCAAAACACGUUCUUUUGCAAAGAUGCUUAUUUAGCCCUGUCAGCUCGGGACAAAGUGGCAGCGUGUUGCACGACUUAUUCGCCCGUAUACAUGCGGCGUCGGGUGCCCUCCUUCUCCAGACACGUGGCCACAAGGAAAGCAUAUCUCAGCUCCACGCCCCUAAUGGCGUUCCAAGAAGUUCCGUCCGUCAGUGCAAACAGCAAUACCUGUGAUCCUUGGCGGAAGUCGCUGAUGGUGGUAACGUUGGAUUCGCGGAUACGUGACGGCUGUUUCGGGGUCGCGGUUACAAGGCAAAUGCUGUUGAAGUAUUAUUCGUUGUUAGCGCUGGCCAGCAGACACUUUUCGUCAUUGACCACUCCUCCACCAAGCAGCCUAUUAAAGCCUCCGACGGGUCAAAUGCAUGUGUUCUCUUUAAGCAACAGCAAUAGGCCGCCUCUCACACUAAUUCGACGGGAACCCUUGCUUACGUUUCUCAUCCGUCGCCCAGUUCUUGGCAGCCCAAUCCCUUUAAGAGAAAACGACGAACUAUUUAAAGCGCUUACCAAGUCAAUAGACUUGAAGGCCAUAUCGUUAAAUAACCCGACUGAAACCUUCCUAUUCUACGAGACGCAUUUCCCGCUAAUUCUCAAGAGGAACAUGAUCGAGAGAGAACUCGCUUCGACGCCUAGCAGGCGCUCGCGCACCCCGGAACCGCCGACGUCCGUCAUUACCAGCCGCCAGAGGUCGCUGAAUCAGCGGCUCGUGGAACUCGAGUUCAUGAUGGAGGAAAUGAAAAGCGCGACCGAGGACAGUCCGCUCGUAACGGAGCUCUACGAUGCGACUUUUGAUCCCACAAAAUGGCCGUGGUAUAAAAUGGACACCAGAUCAUUUUGUCGACGAUAGUCUAUAGUUUCAUCCUAAAAAUCGUUUUAUAAAUUCAAAGUUAACGUUCAUGUUUCAUGUACUGUUAUACGUUCAAUGAUAUUCAUUUUCUAAAACAUAUUAACACCACUAUGAAAGGUCUCGGAUUUUCGUCUAUAAUUGUUUUUAACUUUAUUCUUUUUUUAUAAAAGUAAAAA